AUGGCUUCUAGCACCCUCCAAGCUGCAGCCAAUGAGGCCCUCAACAACUGGAUCAUUCGUGAAGGCAUCAUCAAUGCGUGCAUUCAUGAGGGAAUCAACCCAGGAACGGCGCGGCAGACAUUGGAUAUCAAGCUGCCAGCGGCUCUAAUACAGACGUCCGCCUCAUUCAAGGAUGAUAGCCUUCGCUAUAUUCUGCCUGUCGUUUUGGUCACCAAGGAUUUGGUUUUUUUGGCUUCGCUUGCCCACGUACUACCUAUCAUCAGAACCCAACAACCCAUCGCCAACGCUGCUCUGCAAAUCACAUUGAACCAAGUCAGCGUUGGUACAAACAAUGCUCCAUCAUUUUCCGCGGUCCUGAGAGGCAAAGACUUACCAGUUCUUAUUGCUAUGAUCAACGGUCAUAAUUUUGGCCCAAUCAAUAGACCAUCCCACCUCCGCACCAACAAAGACAUGUUUACACACAUUGUCUUGAAGUUUAAUACUUCACAGCAAUUUUGGAACACCAAGGCGGCGAAGGAAACAAUAUUCAAUGGCGUAAAGGGUAUCAGAAAGAUCCCUGUCAAUACAAACGUUAUGGUCAGCGUACAACUCGAGAUUGCUGGAGGCUUAGGAUUAGAGCAAAUUUUAGAUAUCCAAACCAACACCAACGGAGCCGCGAUGACCCCAGUAGGUUCUGAAGCCCUAGCAACACAGGCAAAGGCAAAGGGCAUCAUCGAGUUACUAUCACAAUCACAAGACAACUGCAGACGGGCUAUGGGACAGUUCGCUCUUGCUGCAUACCUUUACGGCCGAGAUAUUAAAGGUGGCCGAACUGGUACUCAUCGGCCAAGCUGUGUCUUCAUGGUAGAGCUCUACGUCCUUGCGAUGCAAGUAAGUGAGGUUUCCUGGCAAAAAUCUGCCGAAAAUACCUCAGAGAAGGAUAGCUGGAGAGAUCACUCUUACAGAUUUGCCCUUGCUGCGCAGCAUGAGAGAGACUCUAUCGCAGCCCACCAAGCUUCUAUCGCGGUCCUCGGACCCCUCAUCGUCAAGUAUGCAAUGAACUACAUGGUUGGAAAUGUGAGCCUAGGUUAUCAUCAUACAGACGCUAUAUUGCGACAAGAGUUGCGGAGAUGGCCCGGCUGGGGUGUCUUCGUGGAGGCUCGCGAGGAGAUAUGGAGAAUGCGGAAGGCCAAGCUAGACCUUGAAAUUGCCCAAAUGGGAAACAAUUAG